ACAAUAGCUACACCAGAUCCCAUAACCGAAAGGUGGAGGGCGAGGGAAUCAAAAUCUUCACUCGAUCCUCAUAUAUUCAUCAUUUUUCGAUUCCAUUCUUCUAUCUCAAAACCUUUCCAAACGUAACCCUUGCUUCUCCGAUUUUCAAUUUCUUCAGAUCAGAUUCACACUGGCAUGCAGAUUCAGAGUGUUUGCUUUGAGAUCUGAUCCGAUUUCAAUUUUUUCUCCGUCCGAACAAACGAAUUCUCAGUAAGAAGAAUCAGUUUUAGCUGAUUGAUUAAUGUUCUAACCGUAACUGUACUGUGUCCGUCCCUCUGCCGAAUCGGAAGAUGGGAUUAGUGUUUACCAGAUUGUUUUCAUUUUUCGGUAACAAGGAAGCUCGAAUUCUCGUUCUCGGUCUCGACAAUGCCGGAAAAACCACUAUUCUCUAUCGGCUUCAGAUGGGAGAAGUUGUCUCCACCAUUCCAACGAUCGGGUUCAAUGUUGAAACUGUGCAGUAUAACAACAUUAAAUUUCAGGUCUGGGAUUUAGGUGGGCAAACAAGUAUCAGGCCAUAUUGGAGGUGUUACUUUCCAAAUACUCAAGCAAUUAUCUAUGUUGUGGAUUCAAGUGACACUGAUAGGCUUGUGAUAGCUAGGGAGGAGUUCCAUGCAAUUCUGGAGGAAGAAGAAUUAAAAGGUGCAGUAGUUCUCAUUUUUGCAAACAAACAGGACCUUCCUGGUGCCCUUGAUGAUGCUGCAGUGACGGAGGCUCUUGAGUUGCACAAGAUUAAAAAUCGCCAAUGGUCUAUUUUUAAAACUUCUGCUAUUAAAGGCGAAGGACUUUUUGAGGGCCUCGAUUGGUUGAGCAAUACACUCAAAUCUGGAGGUGGCUGAAGGUAUAAGCUUCACAGAAUUAGAUAUUUAGUUCAAUUGGUGAAUUCAGAAGGAAGGUCAACAUGCAUAUUUUGGUAUCAAUUUUUUUUGGAUUUAUUUGGCAUCACUUUCACUAUGACAAUAUAUCGAUUAUUGUUAUUUGGGCUCACAUAUUUUAUUCCGUUUUUUGUGUUCAAAGAUUAACUAUAUGAAUGUUGGUCAACGGUCUCUUGUCUAUUUAUUGGUCCCGUUUUUAUUAUUUUAAAUACAUUUCUUGGCCCCUCAGCAUAGAGUAGUUUUGUUAAUGGAGGAGUAUAUGGGGUUUAUAUGCGAGUUGUGAAGAUGACAGCGAUGGUUGAUGAAUGUGGGUUUGACUUCUCCAUAUUGAGACAUUGCAUUCUAUCUAGUGAAGCAGUUGAUUGAAAACUCAUCGAUUAAGAUUGUGACUGAUCUAUCCGAUAACUCUUUGAUUGAAUAUAUUCAAUGUUUAUACUA